CUUCCAGAGGAGAUGCUGCAAAAUGUGUCAGCGCGUGAGGCAGGUCUACAAGAUGGAGUGCCAGGUAUGUUCAGAGGGUUACAUCAUGCUCAAUCCCUGUAUGUAAGUCUAUUGUGGGAGGAUGUGGUCGCCAGAGCAGCCGCUGUUGCCAGAGAAGGUUUCAAUGAUGCAACUGUAGAUGUGUCAUUGUCUACAGCUGAGGCCAUACUGAAGAUAAAAGCUGAGAAGUUGCAAAAGCGUUUCAGGGACAUGCUCUUCCCUCGGGGCCAAGCUCUGUGUCCUGGUUCUUUUCUUAGGUUACUCAAUCUGGCAGGAGCCCUGGAGGCCGAUCUGUCAAACUGUUAUGAUGGGAACUUCUCACAAGAGAGAGUGGAUGAGGUGCAAACAAAUGGAGGGGUCAUGACCAGAGAGGACGGCUGUAACUAGAGUGAUUAAGUUGAACAACUGGUUAAAGUACUAUAUGAGGGGUUUAUAAUCCAAGCUCCUCCUCCCCCGUCGGCUGGAGCAGCAUUGAUAUUAGCUCUCAAUGUGUUAGAGGGCUUCCAUCUCAAUGAGAAUAUAACACCUGAGCUGCAGGCCGGACGAGUCUUAGUCACGGGACCAGAUGACUUCACGGUGUCAGUGUCAAUCUCUCUUGUUUUAGUGUUGAUCUAUGCACUGUGCAAACAUAAAGAGAAGAAUGUCAGCCUCUCCCUGAAAAUACUCCACCCGCCGCACAGUCCUCUUGUUGACUCUAAGUGUGCCUAUUAUGCUGGUAACUUUUUUUAUAUAAUUAAUUUCCUGUGUUUACAAUCCUCCCUCAUCAGCGGAGAUCCAGCAGAGGGAAGGUGGUCUGUGAUCAAAAGAGUCGUGCAGCUCUCGGUGUGAAGACAAAAAUAUCAAUACCCCAAUUAUCGUACAAAUUAUCAAAAUAGAUCUCAAUAACUUAUCUGGUAGUACCGGGAUAAGCUGUUGUGCCAAGGAAUGAUGUAUGUUCAUGGUUGUUGUGGUUCUCCGGUGAU